GCUACUAGUACUCUUCUUUUAAUUUGCUUUUGAGCUUUGGGGCUGCUGUGCUGUCCAUUGGUUAACGAAUUGGGAUAAACAAGCAAAACAUUACAUUAACUAGCUAGCUAGUUUCGAUCAGUCAUGAGUUCAGCACUGCUAAGUUCUAUUGUUUCCGCCCUGCUGCUCUUGUUCUUCCUCUUCAACACACCUUCUAAUGCACAGUUAUCUUCCACCUUCUACGAUCAAACCUGUCCAAAAGCACUCUCCACCAUCAGAACCUCUAUCAGAAAAGCAAUUUCAAGCGAGCGUCGCAUGGCAGCUUCGCUCAUUCGCCUUCAUUUCCACGAUUGCUUCGUUCAGGGCUGUGAUGCAUCAAUCUUGCUGGAUGAAGCUGCUACUUCCACGAGCGAGAGGAGUGCCGGCCCCAAUAAUAAUUCUGUCAGGGGUUACGAAGUCAUAGAUACAGCAAAGGCCAAGGUGGAGAAAAUAUGCCCUGGCGUCGUUUCUUGCGCUGACGUACUUGCAGUCGCAGCCCGCGAUGCCUCAGCUGCUGUUGGAGGGCCAUCAUGGACAGUGAAGCUAGGAAGAAGAGAUUCCACCACUGCAAGCCGAGCUCUAGCGGAGAGUGAUCUUCCGAGUUUUAAUAGCAGCCUCGUCCAACUUACCUCCAACUUUGCUGCCAAGGGUCUCAGCGCAAGGGACAUGGUGACCUUGUCAGGGGCGCAUACCAUAGGGCAAGCACAAUGCUUAACUUUUCGCGAGAGGAUCUACAGCAAUGGCAGUGACAUUGAUGCCGGUUUUGCUAGCACAAGAAAGCGUCGUUGCCCAGCAAGCGGCCAAGAUAGCAAUUUAGCCCCUCUUGAUUUGGUCACACCCAACUCAUUUGACAACAACUACUACAAGAAUCUGAUGCAAAAGAAGGGUCUUCUUCACUCGGAUCAAGUGCUUUUCAAUGGAGGAUCAGCUGACAGUAUCGUCUCAGAAUAUAGUAAAAAACCUUCGAGAUUUAAGUCUGAUUUUGCAGCUGCAAUGAUCAAAAUGGGAGAUAUUGAUCCUCUCACCGGUCAAAAUGGAAUCAUAAGAAAGAUAUGCACUUCCCUAAACUAAUUAAUUUCAAGUAUCCAUCCAUCAACUAUUUAGAAAAAGUUCUUUCCUUUCUAUGAAUUGAGCAAGUAAUUGUAUCCCUUUGAUUAUAUAUGUUUAAUUUUCUCGUCUUAAGUUUGGUGUUUUGAGUGUCGAUGAGUGCUUUGAUAUUUGAACUUUAUCAAGCGUAAAUUAAUAAAAUGUCUACGUGCAUAAUUUUAAGAAAGGAUAUAUAGAUUUCAAAUGAAUACAACUGUAGACAAUAUUGUGAAAUGCUUCCUUUGUCAAGA